AUGGGGAAUGGUGAGGAUAUCAGCCAAGCAAUUCUGCCAGCUGGUAAUGGAAGAAGAUUUUUAGUUGAGAAUAGACCUAAAGUGCACUGGGAUAGACUAGUAUGGAAUAGACUUAACACUCUAAAGCACAUAUUCAUUUCUUGGCUUGCAAUUCAAGCUAGACUUCAAACUGCAGCGAAACUUGCAAAAUUAGGGAUCAGUAAUUCUGCUAGAUGUCUGAUUUCUGGUCAAGGUGAUGAGGAUCAUGACAAUUUAUUUUUCUGGUGCCCUUAUAGCAACAGGUGUUUGUUAGAAAUGAAGAACUGGAUGGGAUUGCAGUGUACUGGUAAUAAUCUGCAUCAUCUAUCCAGAUGUAUCAGCCAGAGUAGAAGUACUAAGUUCAGAAAGCAAGUGUAUUUUACAGAACUGGUAGCACUUGUCUACUUGAUUUGGAAAUGCAGGAAUACUAGCUACUGGGAUCAGACUAUACCCACUGUUAAGAACACCAUCAAAAACAUAAAGCAUUUUGUAAAGAGUAGAAUACAAGCAGUGUUGCCUAAGAAUGUUAGCAGUUCUUGUGUAGCCAAAUUGAAUUUGUUUGGUGGGUUAGACUGCCCCCUCUGCAAAAUAUCCUAUUUUGAACAAGAUUUGAGGCAAGAGCAUUUUGUACAAAAUGUGGUGAACAUCUACAGCAAUAUGAAGGCAUCUACUCAUAUGCUUAAUCCAUGUUCUUUUUUGGCUAACUUGAUCAUAUUUUCAAAUUCUGAGAUGUUUUGCAGUCUGCUCCUGGUAAAGUUUGAUGGCCUAACUGCUUCUCCACAGAGGGUUGCGGAUUUUUUUCUUCGCUUGACUGCGGGUAAACUUCCAUCCAAGAAGUCUUCCAAGAGAACUAAAAUCAAGGAUAAAAGUCAUGAUCAAUCUGGCAAGAAGCAAAAGCAGUUUCUAAGACAAUGUUCUGAAAUGGCUAAUACUGUGAAUGGUUCUGGAACCAACAAGCAGUUGAAUCUGAUACUGCAAGUUUAG